UUAAAAUAAUUGUUUAUAAUAAUAUGUCUAGUUUUAAGUAUUUAUAAUUUAGAAGGAAAGGUCUCGGGCAAUACUAGAUAUUUGUACUAUGCAAGGGCGCAAAACCGGUGAUUCCAAGUUUAAAUUGAGUCAAGGUAAUCACGUCUUGAAUCAAGACGUAGAUCUACACAUGUAUAUAAGACUUUUGAUUUCCACUUUUUUUCCACUUUAGAAACACAUAUAUAGAAAGUGAAAUUUUAUGCACGUUAAAAAACACUUAGAGAAUGUACAACUUUACGCACGUCUUGAAGUGUUUAAAGUGUUUAUUUUAUUUUUAUACGUUUGGAGCUUGGAAAGGUAUAUAAGAGAAUUCCGUAGCCAAGUGGCUAAAGCUGUUGUCUUGUCAGCAUCUGUGGUUCGAUUCCCGACAGAGUCACCACUUAUUUUUCAAUAAUAUUGCAACGUUUUAUAUAUAAAAAAAAUUUGGUAUUCGUAAUUUACGUAUGGUAUCAAUAUUGUAUGAUACAAUAAAAAUGAAAAUAGCUGUUUGAUAAAAAAAUAAUAGAGCUAUUAUGCUAGUUUAAUUAGAGCUAAUUUAUUAGUACAUCAUGAUUUUUUUUUCCAAUAAAUAUAUAGAAAGAACAUAGGUCCUGUUACUCUGGAUGACCUUGCUUUUUUAUCUUAAACCAUUCGCCAAUCUUUCAAGUUAUUUUGGUUAUUUUAAAAGCUUAUAUUCAAGUAAAAUUUAUCUUUUGCAAAUUAAUGUUAAUUUUUUGCUUGAAACAUUGGCGUGACAUUAUAUUUUUUAUCAUUCGAUUUCUUUAUAUAAAAAUAUUGAUAUUUUGUCGACUAAUACAAUUCAAUUUACUUUCACUAAAUAGAUUUUCAUAUAGCUAUAAUAGUAGAAGUGAACAAGUUAAUGACGUAAGCAAUCGAAUUAAUAUUUUCUACUUUUUAUAUUUUAACCUUCUUUCCAUGCUGAGUGCCUUUCUCUUUACUCCAAGUCUUUAAACAUCUUUCACAUUCAGUUCGUACAUCUACAUCGCUUGAAGACUGUCUUGUCAAUAUUGUUCUUAUAUUUAACAUCGUUAAAUUUAUUAUAAAAACAUCAUAAAACAACAACAACAACAACGAAAAAACAUUCUGAAUAAUUUUAAUUACAUAUUAUUAAAAAAGUUUUUUUAACCGGGUAAAUAUAAAAUUUAAAAAAUAUUAAUUACAGUGAGUGGAACAUACUUACUAUAUGUUUUUAAAAAAUGAAAUGGAUAUAUAAUUUACUGGAGAGAAAAGAGAAAGAUAAAAAAAAAAUAUAAACAAUGUGAUAAUUUUGAAUUAAUUAAUAUUAAAUAAAUAGUUUUGUGUAUAAUCUAGUUUAAUAAAACUGCAGAUUCUAUUAGGUCAGCAGUCGUGAUGUGUAUUGAAGCAACGAUAAAUAAAUAAAUAAAUAAACUAGAAUGGAGUUUAAAAUUCAGCUGAUGCUGUUAAUUGUUUCACCAAUUAUUGGAGAAUAUAUUGCUCCAGGUCCACGUUAUAAAUGUCCAGAUGAAAAAAACUCAAUAAAUAUUUAUCCAUGUGUAUGUAUAAAAGGCACAGAUAAUGGACUUAUUGUACAAUGUGAAAAUACAAAUUUAGCUAGUUUGAGUGUUGCAUUUUCUAAUUUGGCUACUGAGGCAGUACCAAUUGAAGAACUUGUCAUAUCAAAAUGUGAUAUAGCAAGAUUUUAUGGGCCAGCAUUGUAUCAACUAGAUGUUCGUGUCUUAAAAAUAUUAGACACUCCAUUGAAGUAUAUAGAACAACAUAGUUUCCUGGGAGUUAAUAGAACACUUCAAGAACUCUAUAUUCAUCAGUCUAAUUUAAUAAAAUUUCCUAAAGAAGCAUUACAAAUUUUAGGAAAUCUUUCAAUACUCAGUAUUUCUGGACAUCAUUUAACUGAACUUGAAAAAGAUAGUUUUACUGACAGUAUGGUAUCAGUAAAACUUGAAAAGCUUGAAAUUAGUAAUGGACUUAUGUCAAUAAUAUCACCAGCAUCAUUAACCCCAUUAAAAAAGUUAAAAACAUUAAAUUUAAAUGGUAAUAAAAUAACAGAAUUAAAUCGUAAUCAAUUUAAAGGAUUACGUGAUACUGAAUCAUUGGAUUUAUCAAAUAAUUCAAUACGUACAUUAGAUCCAUCACAUUUUAUGGAAUUAACAAAAAUGGGCUGGUGUAAUUUAUCACGUAAUGCAAUUGGUGAUCUUAAACGUGGUACAUUUUCAAGAAAUACAGUUCUCAAAGUAUUAAAUCUUAGUCAUAAUAAAAUUAAAAAAAUUGAUACCAAUACAUUUAAAGGUAUGAGAUUUUUAAGACGUUUAUAUCUUGAUAAUAAUGAAAUAAAUGAUGUUGGUCGUGGAACAUUUGAAUCAACAACAAGAAUUGGAACAAUUGAUUUAUCAAAAAAUGCAAUUAAAGCAAUUAAAUAUCAAAUGUUUUAUCAAUUACAACAUGUUGAAUUAAUUGAUGUAUCAAAUAAUCAUAUAACAAAUAUUGAAAAAAAUGCAUUUGUUGGUUUAAUAUUAGCUAAAGUUAAUUUAUCAAAUAAUGAAAUAACAAAUCUUGAAAGUGGAUCAUUUGAAAAUUGUAUAAAUAUUACAAAUCUUGAUUUAAGUUACAAUAAAAUAAGUAACAUAAGUAAAUAUGCAUUUGAUGAAACAACAUAUGCAACUGAAAUACAAUUAAGUUAUAAUUUUUUAACAUCAUUAAAUCAAGUACCAUUACAAAAUAUGACUGGUCUUAAAUUACUAAAUGUUUCAAAUAAUCUUAUAAGAUCUAUACCACGUAAUACAUUUCCAAAAUUAUAUGAACUUCAUACAAUUGAUUUGGCAUAUAAUAAUUUAUCAGAUAUUCAUAAUGGAAUAUUUCAAACACUUUUUAGUUUACGUUUAUUAAAUUUAUCUCAUAAUUCAAUGGAAGAAAUUAAAUCAUCAACAUUUGGAACAUUACCAACAUUAUUAGAACUUGAUUUGAGUUAUAAUAAUUUAAGUAUAAUUGCCAAUGGAGGUUUAGCAAAAUUAUCAGGUUGUAGAUAUUUAACAGUUAAAAAUAAUAAACUUCAAAAAAUAUUUCAACUUCCAAUAUCAUUAGCUCAUUUGGAUUAUUCAAAUAAUAAAUUAACAGAAAUUCCAACAGUUGAAAUUUGGCCAUCAAUGAAUUCUUUAUUACAUCUUGAUUUAUCAAUGAAUCAACUUGGUGAUAAUCUUCAUUAUGGUUCUUUUGAGCCACUUUUAACACUAAGAAUAUUAAAUCUUCAAGGAAAUAAUAUAACAUUACCACCAUGGGCUGCAUUAAGUACACUAACAAGUCUUCAAUAUCUUUAUAUGGAAGAUAAUAAUAUAACAUCAUUAAGUAAAAAAUCAUUUGGACAAUUACCAAUUGUUUUUGAGUUAAAUGUUGCUCAUAAUAAAAUUCGUGAUAUUACAAUUAAUGCAUUUGAAGGACUUUUACAAUUAUUAACUCUAAAUCUUACCAACAAUGAUAUAAAAUUUAUUCCAGUUGGUGCUUUUAAAGGUCUUGUGUCAUUGAGAAUAUUAGAUAUUUCAUAUAAUCAAAUUGAAAGAUUAGAUAAUAAAACACAUGCAUUAUUAAAUGAUUGUUUGUCAUUGGAAAAAAUUAAUCUUAGUCAUAAUAGAAUAUCUUUUAUCUCCAAGCAUACAUUUCCAAGUGAUCCAUGGAUUUCAUUUAAACUUAAAGAAAUUGAUUUAUCAUACAAUUCAAUAUCAGUAAUCAGUUAUGACUUGACAAUUGGAACUAGAAAAGUCAUUACAAUGAAUUUAAGCAAUAAUCAUAUCAAUGAAAUAAGACAAUAUGUAAUUGGAAAUUUGACAGCAAUUGAAACUCUUGAUUUAUCAUACAAUGAUCUUACUGAUAUUUCAGAUGAUAAUAUUUUUCAUCCACCAAAUAGCUUGAUGAAUUUAAAUCUUCAAAAUAAUUUUUUUACUCAUUUACCAAUUGAAAAAAUAGUAAAAUUACCAAAAUUAAAAGAAUUAAAUUUACAAUUUAAUAACCUUACAAGCUUUGAUAAUAAUAUAUUAAAAAUAAUAAAAAAUUCAACAAUUUUAAAAUUUAAAGGUAAUCCUUUGAAUUGUGAUUGUCGUAUUAGACCAGUAAAAAGAUGGCUAACAUCAUUAUCAAAAACUCCAUUAGAAUGGUCAAAUGUAACAUGUGUUACUCCAAAUCAUUUAGCAUCAAAAUUAUUGAUAGAUUCUCGUGAAGAAUUAAUGUCAUGUGAAGAUAAAAAAUUUCAAAAUAAUACUGAUUUACAAAUAGCACCAGAUAUUAAAUUUAGAAACGUUGAAUACUUUGAAGAGGAUGACUAUUUUAUUGUAACUUGGUAUGUUACUUCAAGAGGUGAUAUUGGAGAUUUUUAUAUUGUUGUUAAAGAAGUUGGGAAACUUAGAUCGAUUAUUGAAAAAGAUAUUGUCUACAAUGAAAGAUCAUAUAAAUUACGAGGACUUUCAAUGUCUACAACAAAUUAUGAAUUGUGUAUUUUAGCAAGAGACUCAACUGGUAAUGUCAAGCAUUAUAGAAAUUCACAGUGUCGAAUUUUAAAUAAACCAUCAUCACUUUCAUCAAUGGGCUUUACUUUAAAUUUUAAUUUAAGUCUAAUUAUCAUAAACAUUUGUUUAUUUAUUUUUUGAUAAAAAAACAUUUACAAGUUUAAAAUUCAAUCAUGUA